UUGUUAUCGCAACACACAAAAACCAGAGACAACAACCACCAUAACCUUUCACGUUCAUCUCUCGUCUCAACAAGAAGAAUAUGACGGUGGUAGACAUCCUGUUCCGGGUGGACUCCAUAUGCAGCAAAUACGACAAAUACGACCUCGACAAGCAGCGGGAACUCAAUGCCUACGGUGAUGACGCCUUCGCUCGCCUCUACGCCACCGUUGAUUCCACCAUCGAAGCCGCCCUCAAGAAAUCGGAUGCUGCCUUGGCGGAGAACAACAGAGCAGCUGCUGCUGCUAUGAAUGCGGAGGUUCGACGCGCCAAGGGUAGACUCAUGGACGAGAUUCCCAAGCUCCGCAAAUUGGCUAAGAAGAAGGUUAAAGGUUUGACAGACGAAGAUUUGGCGAUCCGUGAGGAUCUUGUAUUGGCAUUGCCAGAAAGAAUUCAAGCAAUUCCCGAUGGUAUUACCACUGUCAAUCAAACAGGAGGAGGAUGGACAUCACAGCCCAACAUCAAGUUUGAUUCAGACGUGCAUCACGGCACUGAUUAUUUCGACCAAACUGAAGAAUCCAGUCAGUUCAGAAAUGAGUAUGAAAUGCGCAGGAUCAAACAGGAUGAGGGUCUUGACUUCAUAUCGGAGGGAUUGGAUACUUUGAAAAAUCUAGCUCAUGACAUGAGUGAGGAAAUGGAUAGGCAAGUUCCUCUAAUGGACGAAAUUGACACAAAGGUCAAUAGGGCAACAGCUGAUGUGAGAAACACUAACAAAAGAUUGAAGCAAAGUCUCACUGAGAUGAGGUCUACUCAAAAUUUCUUCAUUGACAUCAUUCUGCUCUGUAUUCUUCUCAGCAUUGUUCUCUAUAUAUACAAGUAA